AUGUACGCUCCCAUGUCCUUCCUAGUGUUGGCAAGCAUUUUGCUGCUCUGUUCUGUUGAACAAGCUGUUCCUGCAUGGGGUCCAGUGCGCAAUGCAGAUACCACAAAAUACAAUUUUGUCGCGAAAUUUGAAUACACCAUUUUUCCCUUCACUACGCCCGUGGUUAUGUUAAGCGAAAGGUAUUGCUUCACAACGAUUUUGAUUGCGGGUGGACAAACGACAUCACAGUCCUCUUCAGUAACCGGCCAGAACAUACACUCGAUUUUUCCUGAUCUUCCAGACAUUUUAAGCAUUCAAAAUUCGAGAGAUGCAUCUCGUGCUGGUGGUUCCAAUCAGUAUCCUGUCAUAAUUAAAAGCUUCCCCAAUGGCAUUCCGAGACUACACACCAUUGGAAGAAUAUUUAUUCCUGCGGCACCAUUUGUUAUCUUCAAAGUAUGCCGGUCAUUCUAUAAUUCAAUGGAUAUGACGCAAAGUGGAUUCUUUGAUUUUUCGACCAAUAACACCAACUCGGAAUAUCUCUUUUACCAAGGAGACGUCUUGAAAUCGGUGUCAGUGGUUUCCUAUUCAAAGGCAACUUGCACCGCCGCGCUUGGCGUUAGCUUGCCAGGGUUCACUUUUGAUGAAGACGCUGCUAUUUGCAAUGAUUAUGACACCACCCCAGGAGCUUUAGAUCCGUUUUUUAAUCUUCCGAAUACGACCUACACUAAUUUACCAGUACUUGGUGUGGAUGGACUCAUCGCCGGCGUAGCAUCUGAAUUAUGGUACAAUAAUGUGACUUACCUCAAUGAUGCUGAGAACAUAUUUUAUGACGUCGGAUACUUCAGUCCAGCGUUGACUGGAGGCACUUUUAAAUAA